UAGGUUAGCGCGAGGCGUGACCUAGUUGACAGGCUCGGCGGCGCGGCUGUGGCGGCUGCGGCGGGGCUCUGGCGGGUGGGAGCCGGAGCCGAAGGCGAGCGCGGGGAGCGGGAGGAGGGCGGCGUCUGGCGAGCGGCGAGCGGCGCGGGACGCGGAGCCUCUGUCACUUUUUCCCUCCCGAGUGCCCCCUCCCACCCUCCCACUCACACACACACCCUGUUUGCCCGUGAGCCUGGGGAACUUGCAGCUUAAAGCCAGCCACCCCCACGGCAACAUGUACCCCAGCAACAAGAAGAAAAAGGUGUGGAGAGAGGAGAAAGAACGUUUACUGAAGAUGACCUUAGAGGAGAGACGCAAAGAAUAUACAAGGGAUUAUGUUCCCCUGAACACCAUUCUAACAUGGAAGGAGGAGAUGAAGGGCAAGAGCCAAAAUGAUGAAGAAAAUACUCCAGAAACAUCCCAAGUGAAAAAAAGUUUGAGUGAUAAAGUUUCUCUCUAUCGAGGUGACAUCACAUUGCUAGAAGUAGAUGCUAUAGUCAAUGCGGCAAAUGCCAGUCUUCUUGGAGGAGGAGGUGUGGAUGGCUGUAUUCACAGAGCAGCUGGCCCCUGUUUGCUGGCUGAAUGUCGUACCCUGAAUGGCUGUGAAACUGGACAAGCAAAAAUCACAGGUGGCUAUGAUCUGCCAGCGAAAUAUGUCAUUCAUACUGUAGGGCCAAUAGCCAGAGGACAUAUAAAUGGUUCCCACAAGGAAGACCUUGCAAAUUGCUAUAAAUCAUCCCUGAAGCUGGUAAAAGAAUAUAACCUUCGUUCUGUUGCUUUCCCCUGCAUCUCAACAGGAAUUUAUGGUUUCCCGAAUGAGCCUGCUGCUGUCAUUGCUCUCGGCACCAUUAAAGAAUGGCUGGCCAAGAAUCACCAGCAGGUGGAUCGGAUCAUCUUCUGUGUUUUCUUAGAAGUUGACUUCAAAAUCUACAAAAAGAAAAUGAGCGAGUUUUUCCCUGUAGAUGAUAUUAAUGAAGAAGACAUUGACAUGAAAGAAGAUUCAGAGGGUGCAGAGCCAAAAGGCCUUUCACCACCCCACAAGAAGAGCAAAGCAAAGAAACCAGAAUGUUCCAAGGGAUCUAGUGAGGAUGAGAAUGAUCCAGAGGAAAAACAAAGUACUGAAGAAAUGGAAGGACAGAACCAAGAAGCAGAUGGUGUCAGCUCUGCUACUGUGACCAAUCCUGUUUCAGAAGAGGCAGCUGAAGCAUGUAAAGAUGAAGGUUCUCCAAAGGAUGUCAAUAUUACAAAAGACAAUGAAGCAACAGAUCCAGAUCACUCUGCUCCUGACCAAGAUCAUUCCAAUGGACAAGAGAAUAAUUCAACAAAGAAUGAAGUAAAAACUGAGGCAGAGUCCCAGAGCUCAAAUAUGGAAACAGAAGAGCUUUCAUCAGGCCAAGAAAAUGAGACAAUUGUGGAGCAACCAGAAAUGAGUCAACCAACUGAUGACCAAGGAGAAAAAGAUACUGAAAAAGCUCAAGAUGAGGACACAUCCAGAGGCCCUGUGAAAAGCGAAGGCUCUGAUGACUCAGAAAAUUCUCCAAGUCCUGAUGUUGAAAUGAAUAGCCAGGUUGACAGUGUAAACGACCCAACAGAGAGCCAGCAAGAUUAGCUAAUAGCAGGGGCUCAGGAUGAAGUAAAGGAGCACUUAAGAGAUGGAAGUAAAUGUCAGUCCUCAGCAUGGCAGACCUCU